GAAGUAAAUGUCUUCGUACACUCUACGGAGCUGUUUAUGGAUGUUAGCGCGCUGACGGAGGCGCCUCUGUUGGUUUGUUUGUUUCGUCAUCCCUUGCCACUGCCUUUUUUUUUUGCUUCUACUCUACGUGUACCACAAAAGCUUCCGUGAAAAAAAGUUUAUUUUUGUUUCCGCUCUCACGUGGUCGUGUCAACGGAAGAAAAUGUGCGUUGUCGUAUCUUUUCUUUUCUUUAUUAACUAAUCCGUCCGGCUUUGGGUUUUCCAAGCUUGUUAUUCUCGUAAGCGAGGAGCGACGUUACCUAACACUACCCACAACGUUUUGUGUUUCUUCUUCUUUGUCGUGUUCCCACUGCCGGUUUCCCUCACCAGCGUUCUGUCCGACCCACCGCGAGAGAAACAGAAGAAACGCCUUCGUUCUGUCUCUCCCUUUGCCAUGCAGUGCUCCCGUUGCACAUCCGCAGAAGGUGCUUUUGUUCUACUAUUAUUAUUGUUCUAUCUUUGUGUUUAAACAGGCAAACAAAGGAACGUACGGAUGACAUUCAAUACAAAAGGAAAGAAAAAGGAAGAUAAAGUCAUAAAAUAGAAUUGUUGCCGAGCUGAGGUGGGGCGUGGACGCGUGUGUUCCUUCUGUUUGACCAAAGCACGUGCAUGAAUGGACAGGAGGGGGGGGGGAGUGAUGACGCUCUUCUGCGUUCGAGCGGCGGGAGAUGCGUGUACGUCUGCCUUAAUUCUCGUCGUUAUUCUACACAAUCAAAAAUGUCUACGAGUGCUUUCCUACCCACUUUGAAACAGAAGAGGACUCUCCUUUCGAAACGGUUUUGCUGAUGGACUUUAUUUACCUGCGUCUCUCUCCCCCCCCCCUCUUCCAAAUAAAACGUUGGAUCUGCGCGGUACUCCUUUGCUACCAUUUGCAGAGUGUGCACGCACCUACGCUGACUCUCAACGCUAUUAAACGUCUUUCCUUUUUCUUGUUUUCCCCUUUAAAGCUAACCAAGCUCCACUGUCUUACUCCGACUAAGAUGUCCGCCAAGGUUGCCGCCAACAACGAGGACCCCUCCGACCAGCGCAAUGAAAAAGAGGAGCCUAUCUGCAGCGAAAAGCUCAAGGUGGAACCCUACGGUCACGACUCCGACAAGGCAGAGUCCAGUCACCUCACCUACCUGCACCGCAUGGUGACGGAAGACCCGGCCCACGAACCCUACCGCAUUGCUGGCAUCGUGGUCACCGGCGUUGCGCUGGUGACCGCCAUCGGCUCCGUCAUCACGGCUGGCGUGAUGUGGCAGCACGCGUACGACUACAAAGGCAAGGGCGCCGACAGGGUGCUGUACGCCUCGCUGUACAUCUUCACCCUUGUGGAGAGCUGCCUCUCAUUUGUCGCAAUGCUUGUCGACUUCAGCGAACUCUUCUUCCGCCCCAGCGUUGUGCUGAUUCGCGAUCGCACGGACCUGAAGUUUGCGGGCCGGUGCGUCACGGUGCUCCUCCUGUGUUUGGGUGCGAUCUACUCCUUCAUUGUGCCGAUUGUGUUGAAGGAUCGUCAACCCAAGACGUCGGCGGCGCUGUGCAUCAUUCCGGCUGUGCGCUUCGUUGCGCUGAUCAUCUUCUUCGCGAUUCUGAUCAUCGACUCGAGGUUGUAGAGCACACGGUGCUGCCCACACAUACCACUGAGAUCGUUUUUAAAACUAUCUUUCCUUCUUAAAUAAAGGGCUGUCCUCCUUUUUUCGCUUUCCUCGUUUUCCGCUGUCUGUGAGCUUCGGCGCUUGUUUUCUACUUGAAAAACGCACUCCUCGGUGGAGGAUGUGUUGGGGACUCCCAGGUAUAUUGCUCUGUCGCUUGCCCCACCAACACGCCCAAGGAGUUCGGCCUUUUACUGCUCUUUGCUAUUAAAGAGAACGUAGUGAACCGCCCCGUAUCGAGCCGCUCAUUAUUUCGCAGCGUUAGCUCAGACUAUUUUUCCCUUUUCUCCAUAUUUUUCUUUUCGACAACUAUAGUUUCUUUUGAUUUUAUGCGUUCGUCUUUUACCGGCAGAUCUUCUAUAUACUACUUUAAAGCCCAGCUCUACAACUGUAAGUGAAACCUUUCUGAUUUUUAGUUUUAGUUUUCCGCAAAAGGAGCUGCACGACACGCUUGUUUCUCCUUGUCUUCAAGGAAAACGGUGACAAAUAAGCUCACUCUAUUACACAAACAGUAAAGCAAGUGAAAAGGAGAUUUUUACUGUGACGUUAGACGGAUCCUUCAUCCACGAUGUCUCUCUGUUUCGUUAAGGAAA